UUCACCUACUUCCUGUGAAACAGCAAAACUGAAAAACUAAGCAUGUCGUCGAGAUACGAUAGAGCCAUUACCGUUUUCUCACCCGAUGGACAUUUGUUUCAAGUAGAAUAUGCCCAAGAAGCAGUAAAGAAGGGCUCUACAGCGGUUGGUGUUCGGGGUAAGAACAUCGUUGUUCUUGGUGUUGAGAAGAAAGCGGUUGCAAAAUUACAGGAGGAACGGACAGUGAGAAAGAUAGCAUUGUUGGAUGAUCAUGUCGCACUGGCAUUUGCAGGUCUCACAGCAGAUGCAAGGAUACUGAUCAAUCGUGCAAGGAUCGAGUGUCAGAGUCACAAGCUGACAGUAGAGGACCCAGUCACAUGUGAAUACAUCACACGGCAUAUUGCACAACUGAAACAGAAAUAUACACAGAGCAAUGGCAGAAGACCAUUUGGUUUGUCAGCACUGAUUAUUGGCUUUGACUAUGAUGGGACUGCCCAUCUUUACCAGACAGAUCCAUCAGGAACAUAUCAUGAAUGGAAGGCCAACACAAUUGGAAGGAGUGCUAAAACCGUGAGAGAAUUCCUCGAGAAACACUACACAGACGAGCUGACACAAAAUGAAGAUGAAUGUAUCAAGUUGACACUCAAGGCUCUGUUGGAGGUGGUUCAGUCAGGUGGCAAGAACAUGGAGGUGGCAGUCAUGAGGCGGGGCCAACCACUCAAGAUGCUAGAUUCUGAGGAAAUAGAGAAGUAUAUAACAGAGAUUGAGAAGGAAAAAGAGGAAGAAGCAGAAAAGAAGAAGCAGAAGAAAUAAACAGAUGUUUAUUAAAUAAAUUCGCAUUCCCAUACUCUGGCCAGAUGAUCCAUUCUUCACACAUUUGUUACAGCUGACAAGAGUGGUAGGAGGAACAAAGGCUAUAAUACCGAGCAAAUAAAACCUGCAUGUUGCAAUGACCAAAAUUGUCCCAGCCUUAGCAGUUAGUAGGGAUGUCACGAUACAUAUCGCAAUACUUAAUUUACGGCAGUGUUGCGUGAAUUUUACAUUUCAGAUGGCAUAAACACUAGUAAGAAGGCUUGAAAUAGCAGAAGUUGCUCAAACAAAAAGAGCUUCAAUACUCACGUUUCAGUGAUUGUGAUGCUGCUUUAAAUUUUCCUUGUGUGAAAACAAUACAGGAUUAAAAUAUGAUCCAUGUGAGUAUGCAUCGUGUAUCAUAACAGCUGAGAAUAUUAUCAGUGCAUUGGUGAAUCGUGACAUCCCUAUUAGUUAGUGACAUUUCAGUUUAUGAAUAGUGUGCACUACUUCACAGGUUUGUGAACUCUACGUACCUCCAUCACCUGUGAAUAUGUAAACUGCUUUGUGUUGUGGUAGUGGCACGUAAAGCCUACAGUUGCCUGAUACAAGAGCAUUGAAAGAGCAUAUGACCGCAAGGCUAUGGCACAUGGUGAACGAGAAGUAUGGCUGUAUGUUCGAUGUAAUCUGGGCAUUCACUGGUCUGAGGACGUUCUGGUUUCCCAGGCCCUGUCGUGAUUCCUUAGUUAAAAAUAGCAACUACUUUACAACUUACUUUACAUUAUGUAACCACAGGUGAUAGAGAAACCUGUGAAGUAUGGACGACAAGUUUCAUAAGCAAGGCUCUUUUCAUGUAAGAAGAUAAGUUAUUUUAAUUGGGCCAUGUUCUUUAGCUUAAGGAGUCAGCAAUGUUGUGUAAGUCACCUGAAACUGUACAAGAAGUGGAGGCCAUUGUCUUGUUGUAGCGGAAGUGUGAAAGAGUGAGUUCAGUCUAUCUGAUAUGCUUGGCUAAGGGUGUGGCGAUGGAUAGGGAUCUGCAUCAAAUGUGCUCUAACAUUUCACAUUUUCACAAUGAACAUCAAUUUGUUGUAUUAUACUUAAAGCAAAAAUAAAGCAUUCAUUGAAA